AUGUACGACAACCGAGAUGGAUCAGGCCCCAGCUUCAAGCGCCGGAGAAUAGACGGAGGGAGAUUUCAGGACUCGGGCCGCUCGACACCCCGCGACUCUCGCGCCGCCGAAACGCCAGCCAGAGACGUCCCGGAACCGACUGACGAAGACUCGAAAGCACUGGAUCGCGACUGGUACCUGGGCGACGAGUUCGGCGGUCAUACAUUUGGCGAUGACUCGCACAAUCCCUUUGCGGCGUAUGCAUCAUGGGAGGCCGAGAAGCAGGAGGCUGCCAAGGCAGAAAAGAUGUCGAGUCGAUUUGAUGCGCGGAAGGAGCAGCGGCAGAGAGAGAACGACGCGUGGGAGACGAACCGAAUGCUAGUCUCCGGUGUGGCGCAGAGGAGGGACAUGGGCGCCGAUUUCGACGACGAAGAGGCCACACGAGUUCAUCUUUUGGUACACGACUUGCGGCCGCCUUUUCUUGAUGGACGAACCAUUUUCACGAAACAGCUGGAACCCGUGCCUGCUGUUCGUGACUACCAGAGCGACAUGGCUGUGUUUAGUAGAAAGGGCAGCAAGGUGGUGAAGGAGGCGCGUCAGCAGAGGGAACGCCAACGACAAGCACAGGAGGCCACGAACAUCGCCGGCACAGCCUUAGGAAACCUCAUGGGCGUGAAAGAGGACGACGGGGACAGCGCACUGCCAGUCGCUUCGGAGAACGACACGAAGAAGAAAAGCGGGGACGAGCCCGCGGAGAAUGGCAACAGCAACAAAUUCAGCGAUCAUAUGAAAAAAGACGAAGGUGGCGGUAGCGAUUUCAGUCGAAGCAAGACGCUGCGCGAGCAAAGGCAGUAUCUUCCUGCAUUUGCAGUCCGUGAGGAUCUGAUGCGUGUCAUCCGGGAGAAUCAGGUCAUUAUCGUAGUCGGCGAGACAGGGUCCGGCAAGACGACUCAGUUGACGCAGUUUCUCUACGAGGACGGGUUUGGAAAGUCGGGCAUGAUUGGGUGCACACAGCCGAGACGUGUGGCCGCGAUGAGUGUCGCUAAGCGUGUCUCCGAGGAGAUGGAAGUCAAGCUCGGCAGCACGGUCGGCUAUGCAAUUCGUUUCGAGGAUUGUACCAGCAAGGAGACUGUCAUCAAGUACAUGACCGACGGUGUACUGCUGAGAGAGUCGCUAAACGAGCCUGAUCUCGACAGGUACUCGUGCGUCAUCAUGGACGAGGCGCACGAACGUGCCCUGAACACGGAUAUCCUGAUGGGAUUGUUCAAGAAGAUCCUUCAGAGACGGCGGGACCUGAAGCUUAUCGUCACAUCUGCGACCAUGAACGCAAAGCGGUUUUCGGACUUUUACGGCGGAGCCCCUGAGUUCAUCAUCCCGGGUCGAACCUUUCCAGUCGACGUCAUGUUUCACAGGUCGCCGGUCGAGGAUUAUGUGGACCAGGCCGUUCAACAGGUCCUGGCCAUUCACGUAUCCAUGGAUCAGGGCGACAUCCUGGUAUUCAUGACCGGACAAGAAGAUAUUGAAGUCACCUGCGAGCUGAUCCAACGGCGGCUUGACGCCCUGAAUGACCCCCCAAAGCUGAGCAUCUUGCCCAUUUACAGUCAGAUGCCUGCAGAUUUACAGUCCAAGAUUUUCGACAGAGCAGCGCCAGGGGUGCGCAAGUGCAUCGUCGCCACGAACAUCGCUGAGACGAGUUUGACUGUCGACGGUAUCAAGUACGUGGUGGACGCCGGUUACAGCAAGAUGAAGGUGUACAAUCCCAAGAUGGGCAUGGAUACCCUCCAGAUCACCCCCAUUUCGCAGGCAAACGCAUCACAGCGAUCCGGGCGUGCCGGCAGAACGGGACCUGGUAAGGCCUUUCGCCUUUUCACUGAAAAGGCGUUCAAGGAGGAGUUGUACAUGCAGACAAUUCCGGAAAUCCAGCGGACGAAUCUUAGCAACACAGUACUUAUGCUCAAGUCUCUGGGCGUCAAAGACUUGCUGGACUUCGAUUUUAUGGAUCCGCCUCCGCAAGACACUAUCACGACGUCCAUGUUCGACCUGUGGGCUCUGGGUGCUCUGGACAAUCUGGGCGAGCUGACCCCGCUUGGCCGAAAGAUGAGCGCAUUCCCGAUGGACCCGUCGCUGUCAAAGCUUCUCAUCACAGCCGAGGAAUACGGCUGCAGCGAGGAGAUGAUCACCAUUGUAUCUAUGCUCUCCGUUCCCAACGUCUUCUACAGACCCAAGGAACGCCAGGAUGAAGCAGACGCCCAGCGCGAAAAGUUCUGGGUACACGAGUCGGAUCACCUGACGUAUUUGCAGGUGUACUCCGCGUGGAAGUCGAACGGGUGCUCCGACGGCUGGUGCAUCAAACACUUCCUCCAUCCCAAGUCGCUCCGCCGAGCCAAGGAGAUCCGCGAUCAACUUCUCGACAUCAUGAAGAUGCAGAAAAUGGAGAUGCUCAGCUGCGGCAUGGACUGGGACAUCAUCCGCAAGUGCAUCUGCAGCGGUUACUACCACCAGGCGGCCAAGUACAAGGGCUCGGGCGAGUACAUCAACCUCCGCACCAACCUCGGCGUGCAGCUGCACCCGACGUCUGCGCUGUACGCAGGUCACCCGCCCGACUACGUCGUCUACCACGAGCUCAUCCUGACUUCGAAGGUGUACGUCUCGACCGUCACCGCUGUGGACCCACACUGGCUGGCCGAUCUGGGUGGUGUGUUCUACUCGGUCAAGGAGAAGGGGUACUCGGUGCGGGACAAGCGGAUUACCGAGACAGAGUUCAACCGCAAGAUGGAGAUCGAGGCGAAGAUGGCCGAGGACAAGAAGAGAGAAGAGGACAGGCUGGAGGCCGAGAAGGAGAGGUCUGCGAAGAAGAAGAGCGGCCUUGUGACGGCGGCCGGUGGGAAGAAGAUUGUCACGCAUGGGGCCGUGAGGAAGCCUGUCAUCAAGCGAAGGGGCCGAGGCGUUUAG